AUGACACAGAGUAACUUUGUUCCCUCAGGUGAAUGGAAAAGUUCUGCCGGUAGUGUUUCUAGGUCUAUGAAUCAAUAUAAUACGAAUUUCUUACUAGGCACUCUUAAUUUCCGAACUAUUUCCACCACUCACCGAUAUAGCGAUGUCGAUGGGACAGACGACGCUGACAAUUCAACAACCACCAAGACUUUCCUGGUGAAAUUUCAUAUGGGAUUCACGACGUGUCGGAAAGGUUUCAGAUUCAUGAUGACAAGCACCUUUGAUCGUUAUGCACUUGAUGUUGUGCGGCGCCGACCAAAUGAUUCAGAAAUUUUUGAACUUUGUAUAGAUGGCAAUGUUCAAGCUGUUAAGAGGUUCCUUGAUCGCGGCGAAGCAUCUAUUCAUGAUGUGGACGAGGACGGCGAGUCUCUUUUACAUAAAGCUGUCAUUCGUGAUAACAAGCAGCUUUGCACAAUGCUUCUUGAUUUUGGAGCAGAUGUAUACUGGAAGGAUGACUAUGGCAUUUUUCCAAUCUCGAGAGCAUCGUCAUUGACCUGUUUUGCUGCUAUAUCUGAAGCUGGGUUUGAUUUCUGGUCGUUAUAUGCAUCGCGCCCACCUCGACCGUUUUUCCCAAAUUUAAGUAUUUCCGUAUGGCGUUAUGUAUUCCAGCAUAAAUCAGCCCAAUCAAUCGAAGGAAAUUUUAUACUAGUGAUGCCAUGCAACAUCAUAGGAGGACAAAAUGUCGAAGUUGUCGACUUUUUAGUUGCCAGGUUUGCGAAAGAGUUGUUCCAACUCGGGACUUUCGAAUCAUAUCAUUCCAGGAAUCUUGUGAAAAACAUUAUAUUUACUCUUUUCAAAAUGUGGCUCGGAUCUUUGAUGCUUCAUUGGUUUAGUGGAAAGGACGAAUUUAAAGUGUUCUUAUUCGAGCACAAGCUCACUCUUAUUUUGAGGCAAGCACUGAUGCCCUCGUUUUCACGCGAAUCAAAUAAAGAGCUCCUUCUGCGUGCUAUCACUGGCAUAUACAUAGAUGGGGUUUUAGGGAUCAUAAAAAGAUGCCUUUGGAGCGUGGAAAUCACCAAUGCCAUGUUUCGAAUAUGGUCGAAACCAUUCUUUGAGUUAGGAAUUGAUCUCUUUUCUCAUCAUCCAAGUACCGAGAGUGACGGUCAAGAGAACAACGACGAGGGGAGUAUCGGCGAAAAUAAAAUUGCAAAACGAUAUUUCAAAGGCCACUUUAUCCAUUGUUGCAAGGACAUAAAUUAUUCGAUUGUUCGUGAGCAUCAACAAGACACUCUUUCGCUUGACAUAGAUGUUACAAUUUUACCGGAGUACUCACAUCUUGAUCCCCUAUUUUUAUGCGAAGCGGGUCGGCAACGUUGCGAUCGAACUGGUGUGGGUAGAUGCCUCUCACGUAUCGAUGAAACUUUCAUCAAAGAUGGAAAGUUCUCCAUGGAUAUUCCAGGACAAUGGGAAGAGCCAAUAGUUCCAAACACGACAAUGGAGCUUGUUCUAGACUCACCAUUUUCGAUGCACCCUCAGAUUUGUUACAGCAUGAUUCAUGGCUCGGAACGUAAAUUUUAUAAACCUGUCACCGAGGAAGACAUCCAAUGGAUUGAGGAAGAUUUGCGAAAUGGCACUUUGUAUGGCUUAAGUGAGGAUUCACCUGAAAUGCCGGGAAGAGUCUUGUGA